AUGUCAAAGAUGUCGUUUCAGGCCACUCUUCGUCAAGUCCAACAAUUUUUCGCAGAACUUGGACGUCGUGUGAAUAAAUUCGGCACGGAUGUGCAAGUCAGUCUGAAGAAAGCCACUGAGAACAUUGGCGAAUCUGCAGAGGAAAAGGAGAACGUUAUGACCCCAGCACCAGAAUUGCAAGAUAUAAAGAAGGAUCAAUAA